AUGGGUGAGUUGAAAACGACACUAUCUCAGAUCGAAGAAAUGGGUAAUUCCACGGACAUCGGCAGCGAUCUGCAAUAUUUCAAUUUGGUCUUGCCAAGUGGAAAUGUUGUUUUGGUGGUAGGAAUUGUGAGCACGACUCUGACAGUGACCAUCAAUCCGCUUUGCCUGACUGUCAUUUACCGUACGGCAAACAUCCCCAAACCCAGCAAGAUUUUUAUGGCGUCUCUAACCAUCUCAGACAUUGGUUUGGGUAUUAUGGGGUUUGUCACAAACAUGGUCUUGGUCAACACAACCAUCGGUCCUACUUCGCGAGCUGCACCUUUUGUAUUCCUGACCCUAAUAUUCAUCCUCCAAAGUCUUCUGUCGUUGUUGCUACUGACCGUCGAUCGCUACAUUUCCGCAGCUUGGUGCCUGCAGUAUCCAAGCUUGAUGACAACCCACAGAUCCAAGAUCCUUGUCGCGUGCAGUUGGGUGUCAUCUACGCUUGUUUCCGCUGUCACGGCCGUGUUGGUUUUCAUAGGAGGGAAAGUCAUGGAGCCGAUGGCAUUUGUAACAAGCUUCAACCUGGCUGGGCUUGUUCUGAUCGUGAUCAUGUACGUGCACAUCCUGGUCAUUGCUAACCGCCACACACGUCGAGUCGCCCAAUACAAGCAACCUGCAGGAUGCAACGACGCACCACAACGAAUUAACAUCAGAUCCUUCACCACCGUUAUGAUCAUAGUGGCUGUCAUCAUGGCCAGCUGGGCGCCUUAUCUGGUAGUGGUCCUUCUCUCGCUUUUCAUCGUAGAUCACGGCUUAGGUCUGGCGAUUGCUCUGGCUGUAACCUAG